AGGGCAGAAAACGGCGCAAUGAGGCCCCAGAGAAGAGCCAGGUGACAGAAUGCCGUUCAUUAUAAAGGGAAGACCCCUGAGGGGGGCACAGUAUGCCAGCAACAAAAGGACCGCUCCCCCCGGUGACGCCUCAGCUCUCUGGUCAGAAAGCCAAACCCGUCUGCACCAGCUCCAUCCCCCCGAGCCCCUGCAUGCCCCGCCUAGCACCGGCAAGCUCGUCGGCUCGUCUUGUGGCCUCUUUGGGGCCAACAGUGGCAUUCAGGACUCCGGUGGCACUGGUUCCGGUGUCAGCCCGGUCCUCGCUUGGCAUGCCGCCAUUAGUGCUGCUCGCCAAGCGCAGGGCAAUGUCGCAAAGCCUGACUUGAGUUCACAGCCCACAGUUUGCACCACAGGACCAGCUCCUGUGGGCUCACUGGCGCAGAGGAAGAGGCAGCAGUACGCCAAAAGCAAAAAGCAGGGAGGAUCAUCCAACAGCAGGCCACCCAGAGCUCUGUUCUGCCUCACCCUCAACAACCCGAUCCGCAGGGCCUGCAUCAGCCUGGUGGAGUGGAAACCGUUUGAUAUCUUUAUACUGCUGUCUAUUUUUGCCAACUGUGUGGCCUUAGCCAUCUACAUCCCUUUCCCCGGAGACGACUCCAACUCUACCAACCAAGAACUGGAAACAGUGGAAUAUGCCUUCCUGAUCAUUUUCACAAUAGAGACAUUUCUGAAGAUUAUUGCUUACGGUCUGGUCAUGCACCAAAACUCCUACGUCAGAAAUGGCUGGAACAUGCUGGACUUUGUCAUUGUCAUAGUGGGGUUGUUCAGUGUAGUUCUGGAGAUGAUAACCAAAGACGCUGACUCUGGUGGCCAGUCUGGAGGCAAACCUGGGGGGUUUGAUGUCAAGGCCCUCCGAGCUUUUCGCGUGCUGCGACCCCUUCGCCUUGUCUCUGGAGUUCCUAGUUUACAGGUGGUUUUAAACUCCAUUAUUAAAGCCAUGGUUCCCCUGCUUCACAUCGCUCUGCUGGUCCUCUUUGUCAUUAUCAUCUAUGCCAUCAUCGGCCUGGAGCUCUUCAUUGGCAAAAUGCAUGCAACAUGCUACGUGAUACAAACAGGUGCCCUCGCGGAAGAAGAGGCCACGCCAUGUGCGGUUUCAGGGCACGGCCGCCAUUGCCUGCUCAAUGGUACGUCUUGCAAAGAGGACUGGCAAGGCCCCAACAACGGCAUCACCAACUUCGACAAUUUCUUGUUUGCCAUGCUCACUGUGUUCCAGUGCAUCACCAUGGAGGGCUGGACCGACGUUCUCUACUGGAUGAAUGAUGCAAUGGGCUUUGAGCUGCCCUGGGUCUACUUUGUCAGUCUGGUCAUCUUUGGAUCCUUCUUUGUUCUGAACCUGGUUUUGGGUGUGUUGAGCGGAGAGUUUUCCAAAGAGCGAGAGAAGGCCAAGGCUCGGGGAGAUUUCCAGAAGCUACGUGAGAAGCAGCAGUUAGAGGAAGACCUGAAAGGCUACCUGGACUGGAUCACGCAGGCCGAGGACAUCGACCCCGAGAACGAGGAGGAGGGGGACGAGGAGGGCAAGCGUAACCGGGUCACGCUGGCUGACCUCACUGAGAAGAAGAAAGGGAAGUUUGGCUGGUUCACUCAGUCCACAGAGACACAUGCAAGCAUGCCCAGUGAGACAGAGUCGGCAAACACAGAGAAUCACAACGGAGAGGAAAACAAAUCACCCUGCUGUGGGCCGCUAUGUCAAAAAAUUACUAAGUCAAAGUGCAGUCGUCAGUCGCGACGAUGGAACCGUUUCUGCCGCAGGAAGUGUCGAGUAGCUGUGAAGUCUGUGUCGUUUUAUUGGCUGGUCAUCAUCCUGGUGUUCCUCAACACACUCACCAUUGCCUCUGAGCACUACAACCAGCCGGACUGGCUGACCAAAGUACAGGACGUAGCCAACAAAGUUCUCCUGGCGAUGUUCACCUUGGAGAUGUUAGUGAAGAUGUACAGUUUGGGGCUGCAGGCGUACUUUGUGUCGCUGUUUAACCGCUUUGACUGUUUCGUGGUGUGCGGAGGCAUCGUAGAGACUAUCCUGGUGGAGGUGGCCAUCAUGUCCCCGCUGGGCAUCUCUGUUUUCCGUUGCGUACGACUCCUUAGGAUCUUCAAGGUUACACGUCAUUGGGCGUCUCUCAGUAACCUGGUGGCCUCUCUGCUCAACUCCAUGAAGUCCAUCGCCUCCCUGUUGCUGCUGCUCUUCCUCUUCAUCAUUAUUUUCUCCCUGCUUGGCAUGCAGCUUUUUGGGGGCAAGUUCAACUUUGAUGAAACUGUGACCAAAAGGAGCACGUUUGAUAACUUCCCUCAGGCCCUGCUCACUGUGUUCCAGAUCUUGACAGGAGAAGACUGGAACACGGUGAUGUAUGAUGGUAUCAUGGCGUACGGCGGUCCUUCCUCCUCUGGAAUGGUGGUCUGCAUUUACUUCAUCAUCCUCUUCAUCUGUGGAAACUACAUCCUGCUAAACGUCUUCUUGGCCAUCGCCGUUGACAACCUGGCAGACGCGGAGAGCCUCAACACGGCACAGAAGGAGGAAGAGGAGGCCAAGAAGAGGAAGAACAGCGCCAAGGAUACAAGCACUGACAAGAAGAGAGUUGAAAUAAUAGAUGCCAAGGAUGGAGAGACCAAGGUACCAGCCGAGGUCUUGCUGGAGGAAGACAAGGAGUCAUAUCCUGCCAUCGACUCUCCAGCUUGUGAUGAUGACGACGAUAACGGCGUCCUCCCCGAAGUCCUGCCAGGGCCCCGCCCUACGAGGCUGUCUGAACUCAGCGUCAAAGAAAAGACUCUGCCCAUCCCGGUGGGCAGCGCCUUCUUCAUCUUCAGCAGCACUAACCCGUUUCGUGUGUGCUGCCAUAAGCUGAUCAACCAUCAGAUCUUCACCAACCUAAUCCUGGUCUUCAUCAUGCUCAGCUCCAUCUCUCUGGCUGCUGAGGACCCAAUACGCAACUUCUCCGCUCGCAAUAUCAUCCUAGGCUAUGCAGACUAUGUCUUCACUAGUAUGUUUACAUUUGAGAUCCUUAUUAAGAUGACAGCGUUUGGAGCGUUUCUUCAUAAAGGGGCGUUUUGUAGAAACUACUUCAACCUUUUAGACCUGCUGGUCGUUGGUGUGUCUCUGGUCUCCUUUGGCAUCCAGUCCUCUGCCAUUUCAGUGGUGAAGAUCCUCCGCGUUUUGAGAGUCCUCCGUCCGCUCAGGGCCAUCAACAGAGCCAAGGGACUGAAGCAUGUGGUCCAGUGUGUGUUUGUGGCCAUCAGGACCAUCGGCAACAUCAUGAUCGUCACCACGCUGCUGCAGUUCAUGUUCGCUUGUAUCGGAGUCCAGCUCUUCAAGGGGAAAUUUUAUCGCUGCACAGAUGACGCCAAGUCCAGUCCAGAAGACUGCAAAGGUACCUACAUUCUCUACAACAACGGGGACACGGCGCUGCCCAUGGUGAAAGAAAGGAUCUGGUACAACAGCGACUUCAACUUUGACAACGUGCUGAUGGCCAUGAUGGCCCUUUUUACCGUCUCCACAUUCGAAGGGUGGCCCACUCUACUCUACAAGGCCAUCGACUCCAACAGGGAGAACAUGGGUCCCAUCUACAACUACCGCAUCGAGAUCUCCAUCUUCUUCAUCAUCUACAUCAUCAUCAUCGCCUUCUUCAUGAUGAACAUCUUUGUCGGUUUCGUCAUUGUCACCUUUCAGGAGCAGGGGGAGAAGGAGUACAAGAACUGCGAGCUGGACAAGAACCAGCGUCAGUGUGUGGAAUAUGCUCUUAAAGCUCGUCCUCUGCGGCGCUACAUCCCCAAAAACCCAUACCAGUACAAGUUCUGGUAUGUGGUCAACUCUACUGGCUUUGAGUACGUCAUGUUUGUCCUGAUCAUCCUCAACACCUUGUGUCUGGCCAUUCAGCACCAUGGUCAAUCUCAUCUGUUUAACUAUGCCAUGGACAUCCUCAACAUGGUCUUCACCGGGGUUUUCACUGUGGAGAUGAUCCUCAAGCUCAUCGCCUUCAAACCCAGAGGCUAUGUCGGGGACGCCUGGAACGUCUUCGAUGCCCUGGUCGUGAUUGGCAGUGUAGUCGACAUCAUACUCAGCCAGAACUAUUUUGCUGAUGCAUGGAACACGUUUGAUGCCUUAAUUGUUGUGGGUAGCGUGGUUGACAUUGCCAUCACUGAGAUCAAUAACACGGAGGACAGCGCUCGCAUCUCCAUCACCUUCUUCCGCCUGUUCAGAGUGAUGCGACUGGUCAAACUUCUGAGCAGGGGGGAGGGCAUCAGGACUCUGCUGUGGACCUUCAUCAAGUCGUUCCAGGCUCUUCCCUACGUUGCACUCCUGAUAGCCAUGCUGUUCUUCAUCUAUGCUGUAAUUGGGAUGCAGGUGUUUGGGAAAAUAGCCAUGGUGGAUGGAACUCAAAUCAACCGCAACAACAACUUUCAAACCUUUCCUCAAGCGGUCCUGAUGCUCUUCAGGUGUGCUACAGGUGAGGCCUGGCAGGAGAUCAUGCUGGCCUGUCUGCCAGGGAAGCUGUGUGAUUCAGAGUCGGACUACAACCCCGGAGAGGAGAGAACUUGCGGCAGCGGCUUCGCCAUCAUCUACUUCAUCACCUUCUACAUGCUCUGUGCUUUCCUGAUCAUCAACCUGUUUGUUGCUGUCAUCAUGGACAACUUUGACUAUCUGACCCGUGAUUGGUCCAUUCUUGGGCCGCAUCACCUGGAUGAGUUUAAAAGGAUCUGGUCCGAAUACGACCCUGAAGCCAAGGGCAGGAUAAAGCACCUUGAUGUGGUGACUCUGCUGAGGAGGAUCCAGCCUCCGCUGGGCUUUGGCAAGCUCUGCCCUCACAGAGUGGCCUGUAAGCGUCUAGUGGCGAUGAACAUGCCCCUCAACAGUGAUGGGACAGUCAUGUUUAAUGCCACCUUGUUUGCUCUGGUCCGCACUGCUCUUAAGAUUAAGACUGAGGGUAAUCUGGAUCAAGCCAAUGAGGAGCUUAGAGCUGUGAUCAAGAAGAUUUGGAAAAGGACAAGCAUGAAGCUGCUGGACCAAGUGGUGCCCCCUGCAGGCGAUGACGAGGUAACAGUGGGGAAGUUCUAUGCCACCUUCCUGAUACAGGACUACUUCAGGAAGUUCAAGAGGCGCAAAGAGCAAGGUCUUGUAGGAAUGCGCUCGUGGGAGAGACUGAACACAACCAUGGCUCUACAGGCCGGCCUGCGCACGCUGCAUGACAUUGGACCAGAGAUCCGUAGAGCCAUAUCAUGUGACCUGCAAGAGGCGGGGCUAGUAGAUGACAAUGGAGAGGAAGAAGAGGAAAUCUACAGGCAUAACGGCAGCCUUUUUGGGAACCAUGUCAGUGCUGAUCAGCAAGGCUGCUUUCACCCGACCACUGUCACCCAACGGCCGCUACAGAUCCUGCCUUUCUCGUGUAGUGCCUCAACCGAACCCACCCAAACAGGCAGGAGAGCCAGCGACGCCGACAGAGGAGAGGAGACGGAGAUGAACUCUUCGCCCAUCCAGUAUAACCAUAAUUAUCACACCCCUCAUCCGUAUAAUCAUCCUCACUGCGUUUCCACUUGCCAUCAAUCGCCAAUACCCUCCAAUGCCAACCUCAACAAUGCCAACGUGCCCUCACUUCUCUCCAUGACCAAUGGGAGGCAGCAGAAGUGCUUGUUAAGGGGAGACCGUCCAUCCUCCUCCAAAAAUGGAUCAUCAGCGUCCACUUACAGCAAAGGAGUACACGACAAGCUUUGGAAGUCACACUCCACAAGGACACGGUACUAUGAGGCCUACAUUAGGUCAGAAAGCGGUCGUGGGCUUUACUCCACCAUUCGCCGAGAGGAGCCGGGGGGUGGAGACAGCGAUGAAGAGCGAGGCUCGGGAGAGUACUUCAGCGGGGAGGAGUUUCACGAAGACGACAUCACAAAGGACAGGUUGUCCAACAAGGACCACCGUGAUGCAGAGGGAGACUUUGAACUUGGGGCUUCCAGGGGCGACCACCAGCCUGAGGGUUACUAUGAUGAUGACCAACAGCCGAUCUACCAUGUUGAGAGGCGGUCACCCAGGAGGUGGCUUUUACCCUCACCCCAAGCUUCCAAGAGACCGACAUUCAGUUUUGAGUGUCUCCGCAGAAGAAGUAGUCAGGAUGACGCCCCUCCCUCUCCAUCCUGCACAGCUCUUCCACUACACCUGGUGCAGCAACAGGUGAUGGCGGUGGCCGGUUUCGAUGCGAGCAGAAUUCACCGUCUGUCUCCUACACGGUCGCUUUGCUCCUGGGUCACGCCUCCUGCCUCACCCAUCAGCCGCGACUACUCGCCCUGCUACACACCACUCAUACAGGUGGAUUGGCGCAGCCCCGGCAGCAUCAGCAGCAUCCCCGGAGCAGUGAAGAGGAGUUCGUGGUAUACAGACGGCCAGGACGGACCUCCCAGCCGCAGCCACUCUCCGUCACAUCUGAAGUUAGCUGCAGAAUGCUGCUCACACAUACUGCAGAAGAGAGGCAGCGCCAACAGUGUGGUGGAGGCUGUGCUGAUCUGUGAGGGUCUGGGGAAAUACGCCAAAGACCCCAAGUUUGUGGCAGCGACCAAACAUGAAAUUGCAGACGCCUGCGAGAUGACCAUUGAUGAGAUGGAGAGUGCCGCCAGUAACCUGCUGAACGGGAGUAUGGAUAACGGCAACACUGGGGGGACGGGGAGCGCCAUCACGGACCCACAUGCCAACGCGGAUCUUAGAGACCUCAACAUCCGUGACUACAGCGACGAAGAGCCGUACGUGGCUCUGAAAUGCGAGGAGGACCUAACAGAUGAGAUGAUAUGCAUCACGUCGCUAUAGCAGCGGCUCACACGGGAUUAUUUAGGUUUUUUCAAUUGAAUUUCUACUUCUAUUCCACAGUGAGUGGACGUCUCUGUUCAGGAUUCUCCUGCAAUAGACAGAACAUGUAGAACAUGGAUGGAUAAGAGAACAAAGUGCCUUGUUUUCUCUUUCUGUGCAGAAUGGAAAUGUAGGAGAUAUGAGAAAAACAGAUGUGAAAGAGCUGAGAUAAAUUCAGCAAAUGUUGAGACCAGAGGGAACCAAUCUACUCGCCAGCCUGCCUGUCGUUUAGCAGGAAUUCAGGAUACUCCCCAGAGGGUGUUUUCUAUUUCCUUUGUUAACAGAAUAACCUGCCAGCCUCGCAAAGCCAGCCCAGAGCUCGCCACGUUAACUUCUCCAACAAAUUCCAUUGAGGAUCAAGUCCAGCUGCUGAAUGCCGGACAGUUUGGUAAAAUACUGAGAGUUGAUAGUAAUGAUGGUAUGCGGUCUGUCUUGGUUAUUCAUAAUAUUUAUUUUGACAAUUCUGACUCUGUCCUGCAGCACUUGGAUUUGAAAUGAAACAACAACCUUGAUGGCUUUAGAUGAGGGUGAUUACUUCCGUAAUUGUUGCAUUUUGUCAUUCUUCUGCUGCUCUGACUAAAACUGUGCGACUUUGUACAAACAAGGAACACCAUUCACUCAACGUGAAGAGCCAAUGAAACUGAAUUAGUCACCGUUCUAAACACACCGAUGUCUGAAAGACUGAAGCUGGCUUUGCAAAGCUGCAUUUGUCGUGCUGCAAAAUGUCUUUGUUGUCCGAUGAUUCUAAGGUUCCCUGUAUUCCGUUGGAGUUUUAUGUCAUGUACAUACGUAUAAUGUGUGAUUUUAAUCUUUAGUGAUCAUGAUAACAGAUGCUGGUUAUUUACAUUCCUCUAUGUUCCACGACUCAAAUAACACAAACAAAUAAAUAUAUAUACAUUUAUAUAUAUUUAUAUACAGGCAGAUCUGGGUUCAGGUUUCAGGGUUAAAUGUUGCUCGUCUUCGAUACUUGACUUGAAAAGGAAAUCACAUAUCACUGAAAAAAGACUUUGACCUGAGGCAUAUCCUUCUGUCUCACAUGCACACUGAUAACAGAAACAUACCCCCCCCCCCCUUACACCAACAUUAGAGACUUAAUUUACACCCAUUUCACUAACAUGAUCCCUUUAAACACCCUGAAAAUAAAGGAAGAUUUAGGAUGAAAGUUCCAUGUCACACUUGUUUGCAUAGUGAUCCUUAACUUUUAUCGAAGCCCCUUGAAGAUGGAGGAGAGACCAUUUCAUUGUUACCAACUCCCCCAGAAUAUGCAAAGUCUCACUUUUCUCAGACCUGCUUGAAACUAUUUGAACAUGAGUGAAGUUAUGAACAUAAGACAAACUGAGUGUUUGCACUGAGAACAUAACUGAACAGCAGCUGUAUAGGAAAUGUUUAUUUAUUAUGCUGUAGCAGAAAGUAAUUCCGACAGUAUCGUCUGCCUCACAUCUUUCUGUAGUCAUGUGUGUGGCUCGGCCUUUUUAACAGCUCUGCUUCCAGGCCAUUUCAGUUCCUGUCAAUCCCACAUCACAUUUGAUUGGUUUCACCUGCUUAGCAGCAAUGAAAGUACGGGGAAUUUCUCCUCAGGCACCUGAGUGCUUUUUUCAUGAUGAGUCAGACUAUUACAUAGAUCUCCAACACAAAGGUCUGACCGUCGACAUGUUGUAUAUUUUAAAAGACACAACAGACAGGGAGACUUUCCUGACUAUAUAUUAAUUCCGUAUAUUUGUGUUUUUGGAAUGAAAUGAUGUUGCCUUUUAUUUGUAGGAUUUUGUACAAGAUGUCUAAAACAGCUUGUUGUCUGUGAGGGGAAGCUCGCAGAUAAAAGCACUAAAGAGAGGCAACAUUUCUCACCUGCUGUUCUUCACUUUUGCUCCACCACCAACCGGUGUUUCUCCAACACUGCCAACUGUAAUAAUGUCUUUGGGGCAACUAUUACACACCAACACUGGGCCGUGGCAGGGCAAUCUGUUUUUUCUUUUUUUCCCUGAAUUUAAAUACUGUUGUCUGGGCAACGUGCUUGAUCUGUGCAAUCAAAGGGCUUCUUCAAAUAUAAAACCAAAACGAGGGAUCAUUAAGUGCAUUUACACGCACGUCAAUAUUCAAUUAUUAUUCCAGAUUCGUCGUUUGUUUCUUUUCUAAGUUGCUAAAGAAGAGCACACUGUUUCUUGUGUGACAAAAGGUUGAUGCCAAUAUUGAAAAGGUUUUUCUCUUGCAUAGAAUAAAUAGUAAUAGUAAAUAUAUAGGUUAAUUUGACCCAAGCUGGUGUCUGAAAGGCUCUUCGUAUGUACUGUAAAUGCACUUAUUCAUUCUUCAUAUAUAUAUAUAAACACAUGCAUACAGAUUUUAGUGGACAAUUCAGCUGAUAAAAAGGAUUUAUGCAUUUUCUAACUGCAUGUAAAUUGUGUUAAACUAAGAAAAACUUGAAAGAUAUUGUUAUUACCUCUGUAACUAUCUGGGUGUCAAAGCAAUUGUGGCAAAGGCUGUAUUUGCACAAAAUUACAAAAAAAAAGAUAUUUAAAGAAGCAAUCAUGUGAAACAUUUUGAUUUAAAUACCAUGUCGCAGUAAUUGAUCGUAAUCUAAAUUCUGAGUUCUGAUAAGUGAUCGGUGACUCAAGUCCCCUCAGUGUUGGAUGAUUAGCAGUGAAAUCUGAACAAAUAAUCAAGAAUCACACAAUUACCUCUUUAAAAUCUCUCAAUGUUGUGUCAAUACAGCCAGAAGUUUGAUAUUAACGUUUUUCGGAUUCUACUAACUUUUUAAAAAACAUUUUAGAAGAAUUAAGAACACUUCAAAAGCCAUAUAUUACACACAUGCUGUAAGCAGAAAUGUGUAGAUUUGCUGCAUAGCCAUCUGAAACACAUUUGUGAGGAGCCAAUAAAGCACCCUGAACAACGUAGGGCUGAUUGAGAUGGUUCCUCCGAUGGGAGAAACACUAAUUACUAAAUCAAACACUAAUUGAAAAGGAAUUCGUCAUUCAGUGUUAUCAUUUAUUGUUUUUUACAAACAUAUAUGUUAAAAACGUUGAUUGACCAACAUGAAUUUGUCCAGUCUCAGAUUUCUUUUGAGUGGAUAAAACCAAACAGAGGUUAAGUAACAGCCAGCAACACCAGUAGAAAUAAUCAUCUGCUGCUUAUUCACAGUACAAGAAUCCAAAUGCAUCGACAUUUAGAAGCAUAGUGACGAAAACAACUGACAGCUUUAACAGUGCAACUGACAGCUUUAUUUUUUUCGUACCGUUCCACUGCUUAACAGAUGUCUAUGAAAUGAUAACAAUGUAUAAUAUCUGUAUAGUGUUUGUAAAAAGUGAAGAUUUCUGCUUUCUACCCUUUAGUCGUACGGAAAUCAAAGAAAUAUAACUCUUAUCUACUCUGUAGCACAAGUACUAGUUCCUUAUAGAUUUUGUACCAAUGGAAAACAAAAACCCUGUUUUGUACAUUUGAAUUCUUGGCAAUGAACUUGCUGAGAACUUUUGUAAGGCUCACUGAAUAAAGUCGCGAGGACAAGGUCAGGACAGUUUCCAGUGUUUGUUUACAAUUAACACAAGAACAAUAAAAUACAUAAAGACUGUAAGAAGUUCCACGAUCAUUUUCCCUUUACAAUCAAAGUGUUGCUCCUUCAUUAGGACACAAAUAAUUCAAACAUUCAUGUAAUAUAGCACUGCAUAUAAUGCAAACAGUAAUUGUCACU